AUGGGGAGGCGUUUCUUGCCUACCAUUAUCCAUUUUCCGUGUCCAGGCCUUUUUUCCUUGUUUGAAAAAUCAAAUUCAUUACAGUUUUUCUUUUUUCAUAUUCAAAUUUUUCUUUCUUUCUAUCUUUCUUUUUUUCUCUCUCUUUUUUCUUUCUCUCUCUAUUUUCUUUUUCUUUCUUUUUUCUCUUUCUUUUUCUUCCUCUCUAUUUUUUUCUUUUGCUUUUCUUUCUUAUUUUCUUUCUUUUUCCUUUUUUUUUAUUUUGUUUUUUCCUUCUUUUUUUUCUUUGCUUCUUUCUUUCUUUCUUUGAUUUUUUUUUCUUUCCUGUUAUUUUUUUCUUUCUUUCUUCUUUUUUUCUUUCUUUCUUUUUUGUUUUUUCUUUUUUCUUUUAUUUCUUUGGAUUUUUUCGUUUGUCAUUUUGUUUACUUUUUUCUUUUUUUUUUUUACCCAUUAUUUUCAUUUUUCUUUUUUCUUUUUUUUUCUUAUUUUCUUCAUUUGUUUUUUUCAUUCUUUUUCUUUCUUUUCGUUCUUUUCUUUUUUUUCUUUCUUUCUUUCGUUUCAUUUACCAUUUUCUUUUUCUUUCUUUCUUUCUUAUUUUCUUUCUUUCAUUCCCUUUUUUUCUUUCUUUUGUUUUUUCUCAAUUUUUCUUUCUUUCUUUCUUUUUGUUCUUUGCCCUUUCUUUUGAUUUUUUGGUCUUUUGUCUUUCUGUCUACCUUUUUCUUUACUUCUUUCUUUCUCGCUUUCUUAUUUUCUUUCUUUUAUUCUUUUUUCUUUCUUUUUUUCAGUCGUUCUUUUUCUUUCGUUCAUUCUUCUCUUCUUUCUUUCUUUCUUUCUUUCUUUUGA